AUGCCGGACUGCCAGCAUCAUACCAUUUAUGGCUCCACGGAACUGGUUGAGCUACUUGAGCUGGCAGAGCUGGUCGAGCUGCAUGAGACAAAAGAACUUCCAGAUGCACUCGACACAACGCAGCUCCUAAAUUCAGUCGACACGACGGAGCUUGCAGUUUCAGUCGUUACUGCGGAUAUAGUGAAGUCACUAGAAACAACAGAGCUGCUAGAGUCACUCGACGGCACGGAGUCGCUUGACGCAAGAGAAGUGCUCGGCUCAGUGGAAGUGCUCGGCUCAGCAGAGGUACUAGUCACGGCUCUGUCGCUCGACUCGGAAGCGCUGCUGGAAGCUAACGUGCUACUGGGUUCAGAAGGGGGAGUACUGCUAGGCUGUGCGAUACUGCUGGAUUCGGAAGGACUGCUUGAAGCUGGAGUGCUGCUAGAAUCAGACGUGACGGUACUUCCCGAUUCCGAAAGACUGCUUGAGGUUACAUCAGCGAUUGAAGUAGUCGAUGGCGGUUCACUGGCGCUACUGGAAGCGUCAGAGCUGGUUGAAGAUGCGGCCUCGGCGGUAGAGACGCUGGACGACAAUUCAAUGGCAACGCUGGUGGAUGAAGCCGCGACAGAGCUGGUCGAUGUGGCUACGACUAAAUCGGCAAUAGGCUCGCUCGACGAAGAUGACGAGGUGUCCGCAGUGGAGCUGGUGGGCGACACUAAAGAUUCAGAAAUAGAGGCUAGGCUGCUAGAAGGAGCAUCGCUUUUCGAAACAAGGGCGCUGGAAGAAACCGCAGAUGAACUGGCCGAAGUCGUAGUAAGCAGUGCUUCUUGCGAAGAAGCAACGCUGGGUGAUGGCGUGACAGAGCCACUGCUCGAUACCGCUUCAGCAGGACUGCUCGACACUGAACUGCUGGCCGAGACAACGGCGGAGCUGCUGGCGGGGAUGGAAGAGCUAGAAAGCGCUGUGCUCGAGCUGCUUACGACUGCCAUGAUCGAGCUGGGCGACGUGGCUACAACGUUCACAGACGUGGCCGUGCUGGUUCCUGAGGCUACGUUUUGA